UUAAUUAUAUAUAAAACACUCAUUUGCCGUUGCCUAACAACUGUUCGACGAAUUGCCUCAAAGAAAAGAAAAACGAAAUUUGUGAUCUAUGCAAACCAAACGAUUUGUUUAUUUGAGGAUUUUGUGAUUAUGAGUGGAUUUGAUCAGUUACAGUGUUGUUACAAUUUAAGCCGCAUCAUUGCCGGCCUUCUUCUCUUCAUGCUUUACCAUUCUUUCCAAUUAAUUUCCAAUUUCUUGCUUCCUAUACACCCUUAACAACAUUCCCCACACACCCUUUUCUUUUCUUUUCUUGAUUUCUUCGAAUUCAAGUAACCAUUGUUGAAUCAUGGAGCUCAAAGGGAAUGAUUCUGGGAGGCGACAUGGUUCAUCUCCGUCGGUCAUUGUAAUUGGUGGAGGUAUCUCAGGGGUAGCUGCUGCACGUUUCCUUCAGAAUGCUUAUUUCAAGGUGCUCUUGCUGGAGUCACGAGAUAGACUUGGUGGUCGCAUACACACUGACAACUCAUUUGGUUGUCCAGUUGAUCUGGGAGCUUCAUGGCUCCAUGGAGUGUGCAAUGAAAAUCCUUUAGCUCCUUUGAUACGGCGGCUGGGGCUCACUCUGUAUCGAACUAGUGGUGACGACUCAGUGCUUUAUGACCAUGAUUUGGAAAGCUGCAUGCUGUUUGACAUGGAUGGUCAUCAAGUUCCUCAUAAUACAGUUGCUGAAGUAGGAGAUGUAUUCAAGAAAAUCCUCGAUGAGACUGAGAAAGUGAGAAAUGAGAAUAGUAAUGACAUAUCGGUACUUCAAGCAAUAUCUAUUGUAUUGGACAGGCAUCCUGAGCUGAGGCAAGAAGGAGUCUCUCAUGAAGUACUGCAGUGGUACAUAUGCAGAAUGGAGGCAUGGUUUUCUGCCGAUGCAGACACAAUCUCUUUGAAAACUUGGGAUCAGGAGCAAGUUCUUACGGGUGGCCAUGGACUAAUGGUGCAGGGUUAUCACCCGGUGAUUGAGGCAUUGUCAAAAGAUAUUGAUAUUCGUUUGAAUCACAGGGUAAAGGCGAUUACGGAUGGGUAUAACAAAGUGAUGGUUACAGUUGAGGAUGGGAGGAAUUUUGUUGCGGAUGCUGCUAUAAUAACUGUGCCUAUUGGGGUCCUCAAAGCCAACUUAAUUGAGUUCAAACCAAAAUUGCCAGAUUGGAAGCUUUCUGCAAUAGCAGAUCUUGGUGUGGGCAACGAAAACAAGAUUGCAUUACGAUUUGAUACUGUAUUUUGGCCAAAUGUUGAAUUGUUAGGCAUUGUUGCACCUACCUCUUAUGCUUGUGGGUAUUUUCUUAACCUCCACAAGGCAACAGGGCAUCAAGUCCUUGUCUAUAUGGCUGCCGGAAGACUUGCUUAUGAUGUAGAGAAAUUAUCAGACAGAGAGGCGGCUGAUUUUGUUAUGCGUCAGCUGAAAAAAAUGUUUCCUGAUGCACCUGAACCUGUUCAGUAUCUUGUAUCACGCUGGGGAACAGAUCCAGACUCCCUAGGAUGCUAUUCGUAUGAUCUGGUUGGAAAGCCAACAGAUAUAUAUGAUAAGCUUCGAGCACCUUUAGGUAAUCUGUUCUUUGGAGGCGAAGCUGUCUGUAUGGAUGACCAUCAAGGGUCCGUGCACGGUGCCUAUUCAGCUGGAAUCAUAGCUGCUGAAGAUUGCUGCCAGCAUCUCAUUAAGAGACUUGGAAGUGUUCAACUUGUUUCCUCCAGGGAAGAAAUUCUCAAAUCCAUUGUUCCCCUCAAGAUUUCCAGGAUGUGAUCAUCUUCCAACAAAAUCAUAACUAGGUUCGAACGUUGAUUAGUUUCCCUUUUUUUCCCUCUGCUUAACUAGUAGUGUGCUCCGAUUCAUCGUCAUUUGAUUAAAUUUCUGAAAUGAUGAAUGUGGUUCUAUCAAUUGUAUUUUCCAACGUUCGCAAUAUAAAGUUGUUUUGCAUAUUAUAUCCUU